AUGCAUGCGUUGCCAUCGCGCGAUGCCUUGCUCGUCAAGAUCCAGCCACCCAAAGCGCCAGCCCAACAAGUCAACCAUGUACCAUGCGACAUCGUUCUGGUCAUCGACGUGUCGGGGAGUAUGGGUACAGAUGCGAACGUCCCGGGAGAAACCGAGAGUACCGGGCUCAACGUUUUGGACCUGGUCAAACAUGCGGCUCGGACAAUCAUCGAGACCUUGGAUGAAGGUGAUCGCCUGGGGGUGGUCACCUUCCAGUCCCGCGCACAAACGGUCCAAGGUCUCACUGUUAUGACGGAGGACAACAAGAAGCUCACGUGGGACCGCAUCCAAACCAUCCACCCCUCGCACGCCACGAAUCUCUGGCACGGAUUGCUCCACGGCUUGGAUGUCUUCAAGGACGGUGGUGGCAGCUCAAGGGUGCCGUCCAUGAUGGUGCUGACUGACGGCAUGCCGAAUCAGAUGAACCCUGCGGCGGGAUUCGUGGCCAAGCUACGGGAAAUGCUACCGCUGCCCGCCUCCAUCUCCACGUUCGGUUUCGGGUAUGAGCUCGAGUCUGGGCUGCUCAAGUCGAUUGCCGAGAUUGGCGGCGGCAACUAUGCCUUCAUCCCUGACGCGGGCAUGAUUGGAACCGUCUUUGUGCACGCCAUCGCUAACAUGCAGUCCACCUACGCCAUCAAUACCGUGCUGGAACUGGAGUACGCGUACCCUCUGGCCGUCAAUGUCUCGACAGGUCCAACAGUGGAUCAGCAGGCGCCUUGUGAACAAGGAUCACACAUGCGUCUCCGGGUUCCCCUUGGCAGCUUGUUGUACGGACAGUCGAAGGACGUCUUUCUCAACGUUGAAAAUGCGCGGAAGAAGGAUGCCUUUGUCUCUGAAGACAAUGCCGUCAUCAAAGCCAAGCUUCUGUACGAGGCUGUCCACCUCACCCCAAAGGCCGCCGAGGCCAAUGAGCAAGUGACUCUCACUGCAGAGUGCAGUAUGAUUGCCGAGUCUGAGAUCGGCGCCGACAUUGUGGCGUACCACGAGUCUCGCGCGCGGAUAUGCGAAUUUCUGAGCUCCCUGUUCCACUUAAACAAGCUCGAGGAACACCGUGCGAUCUCACGUGACAAUCUGCCCGCCAAGCAGGAAGAACUCGAGCAGUUGCUCGAGGUGCUGCCAGCAAAGAAGUACUCUGACGAGAAGAACAGUUCGCUCAUCACGGAUCUCGUAGGAGAGAGUCCGCAUGGUCAAGUCUCCUUGGCCCUCAAGAAUGCAGAGUACUUCCAAAGAUGGGGUCGGCAUUACAUCCCCUCCCUGAUGAACGCCCACGCCCGCCAGGAAUGCAACUCGUUCAAAGACCCGGGACCUCUUCAGUACGGCACCGACAGCACGCUCUUUGUCGAAUGCCGAAAGCGCCUCGACUCUGCAUUUGACAGAUUACCCCCACCCGAGCCAGCAAUACCGUCCUUUUUAGGACGGCCAGGAAAGCGCAGUCUCCUCGGGAAAGCUAUGAGGACACUUGCGGGCUCGGGGCCAGCCUCGAUUUCCAUGUCGGCAUACAAUAAUCCUUGUGGGGUGUGCUUUGCGGCUUCGACGCCAGUUGGACUCGCCUCGGGCCGCACCGUGCCGAUCAGGAAGCUCCAACGAGGCGUCAAAGUGCAGACGCCGGUGGGACCGCGCAAGGUGGCUGUCGUCCUCAAGACACGAGUGGAAGGGGCAACUCUGUGCCGGGUGAAUGGUGUCCUGGUGACACCGUGGCAUCCCAUCUCAAAGGACGAGAAGACAUGGGCGUUCCCGGCCUCCUGCGCUGAGGGCGCGGCCCGAUACACUGGCUCCAUCUAUUCGAUCAUGCUGCAGAGGGAUAAUAACGCGAGGGCUCAUGGUAUUCGCGUUGGUGGUAUGUGGGGUGUCACAUUGGGCCACGGGCUAGUCAAGGGCUCGGAUGUCAGAGCGCAUGCUUUCUUUGGAGACUAUAACAGGGUUGUCAAGUCCCUGGUACAGUUGGGUCGCGAGAACGGGGCUCUGCCAGAUUCGAAGUCAGCAUUGCGCAAAAAGGGGGUUGUUGUUGGCAAUGGAGUCAGUAGGGAUGGUAGGACUGGACUGGUCACGGGGUUCAGUGCUGCGUGA